GUUCGCCAUCUGUCACCACCUCCUUGACAUGCUAUAUACCAUGCCAUGUCAUGCCUCGUUACUCCAAACAAACGCCUCCGAUCGACGACCCAGUGCAGAGGCGUACCCUUGUGUUCCCUUGCCCAGACUUAUCGAUCAAACCCCUCUCCUCUCUUCUCCUCUUCUUACAAUUCUCUUGAUCCCAGUGGUUCAUGGUCCAGCAAACUUCAUCCGACAAUCCUUGCAUACACCACGCUUUUCCUAUUCCUGUACCACCUACCGCACUCUAUUCUACCCUACCCGACCUCAUCCAUACAGGCCAGGCCAUCUCUACAUAUCCAGACACAUAGACACGCACACAUCCACAAUGCACAUAACGUCCACAUCUCUCUACGCCCACCAUACACGACAUGUCUACUCCGUACAGGUACAGCCUACAGCCUACUGUAUACAGGUCAAGUUACGCGCUGCAUGCGCUCGCCAUCCAUCACUUUUUCCUCUUCCCCGCUGCACCUCAGUAUCAACCCCCCCGGAAUUCGCCAGACCCCUUCGUGUGGCGACAUACAUGAUACAUGCGUUCAAACAGACUGAUAGGCACACAAUGUAUACACAGAGGUAAUUACCGUACAUA